AUUGUGAUUGAAAUUGUGGUUGAGAUUGUGGUUGAGGUUGUGGUUGAGAUUGUGGUUGAGGUUGGAUGGGUUGAGACUGGGACCAGGACCAGAGUUGUCGAACAGAGGAUUAGAACGGUUGAACAGGUUGAGAAGUUGAUUGAAUGGGUUGGACAGAGUAGGAAUGCCAUUAAACGGGCAGUUGAACGGGCUGGGGUAAAGAUUGAAAUUGUUGAACGGGUGACAGUUAAACGGGCGGUAGUUGAACAGGCUGGGGUGAAGAUUAAAAUUGUUGAAUGGGCCGUUGAAUGGGCUGCUGAACGGGCUGUUGAAUGGGCUGCUGAACAGGCUGUUGAACAGGCUGUUGAACAGGCUGGGGCGAUGAUUAGAAUUGAACCAGGUAGGUUGAUGAUUGAGGUUGUUGGACAGGAUAG